UAAUAAUAAAAAGAAAAACGUUAGGACGUUGAUCUCACGCUAUCAUCCAAUGACCAAUCACAAUUCUCUGUGAACUUUCUAGAAUCUCGUUCUUCCUUUGCCUUCUCCUUCUUCUUCAACCCUUUUUCUUUCUCUUUCUUUCGCACUUUCAUUCUCUAAAAAAAUCUAAGUCCCUUUGGUCUUCAUCUUCUGUUCUGAUCCAGGUAUGGCUUCUAAACGCAUCUUGAAGGAGCUCAAGGAUUUGCAGAAGGAUCCUCCUACCUCAUGCAGUGCAGGCCCUGUGGCUGAGGACAUGUUUCACUGGCAAGCCACAAUCAUGGGACCUGCUGAUAGCCCAUAUGCAGGUGGUGUUUUCCUAGUUUCAAUUCAUUUUCCUCCUGACUAUCCCUUCAAGCCACCAAAGGUUGCUUUUCGGACUAAGGUGUUCCACCCAAACAUCAACAGCAAUGGCAGUAUAUGUCUUGACAUUCUCAAGGAGCAAUGGAGCCCAGCCCUAACCAUUUCCAAGGUCCUUUUGUCAAUUUGCUCAUUGUUGACGGAUCCCAACCCUGAUGAUCCACUCGUACCAGAGAUUGCACACAUGUACAAGACUGACAGGGCCAAGUAUGAGGCUACGGCCCGCAGCUGGACCCAGAAGUAUGCCAUGGGAUGACCAUAUAGAGCUGUUUUUCAAUGAAGCAGCAAAAUCAUAAUUUAUGUAAAAGAACAAAAGAUAUUUUGAAUGAAUUUGAAUGCUUUAUUUUAUAUUAGUGGAACUCCACAGUGGUAAGAAGAGACCUGGUUUGCCAAUUUGUGAAUAUUUUCUUUGCUAUACACUGGUGAUGGAAGAAUGUUGUGUUGUGCAAACUUUUCUGCUUAUUCA